UGUGCUGCCUUUGAGAUGGGCUGGAUUUUCUUCCUCGUACAAGUUGCGUUUCUGAUAAAGUGCGUUGACGGUUCUCAUUUCCGUGGUAGCAUCAUAACAUGGAAACCGGUUCCUGAAUCAAACUACACGGUCGAGUUUUCCUACAAAAUAGGGUGGAGGAGAUCAUAUUCAUCUAGCACUACCUGUGAUGUGACAAACAUCCAAGAACAAACCGUUAUGUCUGGCGAAGGAUCGUGGACUUGUGCUUCAGGCUGCGAUGGAACUCUUUCACAAGCCAGUUAUGUUUGCACCGACUAUAGCGAAAUCGAGGACUGGACACAAGGAGAAUAUACGUUCCAACACUCUUUCGACAAUCCAGGACCAUUUGUUAUACAACAUGCAGCUUGCUGUUGGAUAGCAGGAUUGGCUGUGGGUGGGAGCAGUAAGUGGUCUGUUAGUACAACUGUUGAUUUGAAUCCCCGACCUGACAAUUCUCUAAUCAAUUCGUCACCGGUUUCAGCCUCAGCUCCAAUUAUUCGUCUUAUCAAUGGAUGUACCUACAACAUACCGAUCCACGUUGACGAUCCAGACGGAGACGAAGUGCGAUGCCGAUUUGGUAAUGUCAGUAGCGAAUGCAGCGGUGUUUGCCAAGCACUUCCUGAAGCAAGCAUAGUAGAGAAACCUUGUUCCAUAAAAUACACGACGACGAGUAUAAAUUGGUUUGCAGUUGCUCUGAUAUUUGAAGACUUCACGAGUUCUUCAUCUACCACUCCACUCAGUAAAGUCCCAUUGCAGUUUCUGAUUCACGUACGAGAUGGGAUUGGACAGGCGUGUAGCACCGCACUCACCUUCAGUGAGUCCACAAUUAAAGAAGAGCAAGCCUGCAUCCCUAUUCAUCCGUCGGGAACUUUCACCACAUCAAUAGAAGUCAUCGAAACGGCAACGUCAAAAUUAGCGGAAGUAACCUUGGUGGCACCUCCGGGUUUACAACGAUCGUCAGUUAAGCAAAUAGGAAGUAACAGAGGAGUUACAAUCGAGUGGACGCCCACUACAGCUCAACAUGGCCAACACGUUUUCUGUUUCCUAGCAUUAGAUAACAAUGGAUUUACGACAGAACAGCGUUGUGUAACGCUUCUUGCAGGAGCGUCAACUCCGCAAUUGGCACCAAACACUCUCAAGCCUAUCGGUGCAGACAUUCCCAUAAACCAACGCAUAUUCCAAGCAAAAUUUGAUCAAGAAAUCCUCAGACCAUCCAUUCCCCGCUCCAUUAAACUAAUGUCUCCACUGUAUGAUCCUCCGGAAGUGCUUGUAGACCUAGAUGCAUCCAAAGCAGCAGAAGUAUCGGUCAGCGGCGACACACUCACAAUUUAUCUACCCGAAUACAUCGAAUUGCUCGACGAAGGCGUAAAGCAUUACAUUCUGAUGGACCCGGGAGCGGUAGUGGGACUGAUGUCUUGCUCGGGAGGGGGCUCUCCAUUCCGCGGCAUUUCAGAUCCGAACGAAUGGUCAUUUGACACAGUGAUACCAGAUCGGAAGCCAUGUGAGAAAAACGGUGGAAGGGGAGAUUGUGAGUAUCAAUGCGAAUCGUUUGAGAACUUAUACAUGUGCUGGUGCGAUCACAACGCGGGCUUCGUAGUUGGCCGCGAUGGCCACUCCUGUUUUUACGAGGAUUCCGUUGACAGCUGUUCGUGUGUCAAUGGGGCGUGUCGCGGAGGAGGAGUUUGCGAGUGCUUUAUCGGCUGGAAAGGCAGAACGUGUGCGACGCCUUCAUGUCGUUUCCAAGCCGAUUGCUCGGACAACGGAGACUGCAUCGCUCCUGGAGUGUGCGCGUGUAAGCCAGGAUGGGGCGGGCCUGCGUGCAACGUCGACGUGUGCUCUCGCUACCAAUCCUGCAAAUCGUGCACGCGAAAAACCGGAUGUGGAUGGUGCGAUGAAACGAAGCGAUGCUCGGCAGGAAGUGGAUACGGACCGAUACGCAGCAGUUGCCAGUCGUGGUUCUACUACUACUGCCACGCUAUUGCACAAGACGAUUCGUCUCGAUCAUGCUCGCUCCAGAUCUCUCACGCACAGUGCAGAGACGACUGCCUAGAUAACUCCUUUCUCCGCACCAGAGGUCCAGGAAGCUAUGAAUAUUGCGAAAAGUACGUGGCAGCGUGCAAAAGUUACGCCAAAUGUUACUCUAAGACGCCGUCAUGCCUCAAAUGGUAUGAAGAAGACUGCCGAUUUGGCCUGAUUGGAGAAAGCUCACGCAGAAGAAGUCUUGGAAAUCCUGAGGAGGAAGUUCAUAGUGAUGUCCUCCAGCCUCAACAACAGGGAGUGGACUUAGCAAAUGAAGUUGUUAGAAGAAUCCAAGAAUCAGGAAUAUUUCCUGACGACCGAGGGCUGCUGAUUCGAAUAGCAUGGGUAGAAAGCCGAUACGGUUGGGACGAUGGAACCUUUCACACCGACAACACACCAGUAGGAAUAUGGAAGAUGGACAAAACUGCGCUGGAAGAAACCAAGGAUGUCACCACCCAUCCACAGUUAGAAAAGAAACACGAAAAAAUACGAACGAUUUUUGGAAUCAAUUUCAAAGCCAUCAAGAUGAUAGACUUGCACAAACCUCUCAUUGCUUGCCUUGCUGCUCGUCUCUAUCUCUCGACAAUUACAGAGCCCAUUCCGAAGGAAAUCCGAAAGCAAGCAGAAUAUUGGAAAAAAUACUACAACAAAGACGAGACCACAAACGUAGAAACUUUCAUGAAGAGAAUAGGCAGAAUCCCAACAAUCCAAUCUCAACAGACCAGCCUUUCUUGUGUCAACGGAGUCUACGUACGGGAAACUGACAGCUGUCUAUGUGAGCCGGACUAUACGGGACCUCUUUGUGACCAACUCGACUGCGGGUGCCAGGGAUCUCGUCAAUGCUCAAACACCGGCGUCUGCGUAAGAAGCGGCGAACCAACCAGCAAGCCGGUAUGCAGGUGCAAUGCUCCCUGGACGGGCGACUGCUGCGACGUUCGUCCGCCAAACAUAAACAACGGAGACCCACAUCUAGAGACUCUAGAUGGUUUCCCGUUUGAUUAUUUCGGUAUUGGCGAGUUCAUCAGCUGCUACAGUAUCCCGAAUGACUUCGGAGUUCAGCUACGAUUCUUUAAGUACUUGAACACGUCGAUGAUAGGCGCAGCUGCCAUUAAAAUAGGUCAAGGAGUAGCCACCGUCGUUGCGGUCACCUCCACACAAGGCCAAAAUCAAAUGCCCGUAUUAAGACUAAACGGUGCAAUAACUCCUAUUGUGGUUGGUUCGAAUCACACGUUAGAAAAUAACUCCGUCAUUCUUGUUAUGAAUCCCAGCACUCUGACUGGUGGUCUAGUUCAACUCUUCUUCCAGUUUAAGAAUAGAGCUAUGUAUACCAUCGAUGUUCGAUACAGCGAGUCGGUCGGUGGACAAUUUUUCGAGACAUCUCUCGGAGCGCCAAUUUCGUUCGUAAUGACAACAAACGGUUUGUGCGGAAACAUGGACGGCAAUUUACACAACGAUUUUGUAUCACCAAAUGGCACUGUGACCACAUCGGUAGACGAAUUCGCAGAAUAUUGGAGAAUAAAUCCUAUGCCUUCUGCAACAGCUGGAUCCAUCUGGUCGUGGCAAGAGUCUAAUUUUCACCCGGAUGAUGCUAUGACGUCUAUUUACACGGAUCCAGAUCACGUGCCUGUUUAUGCCACGCACGAUAUCGACGCCAAUAAGUUGCAGGCGGCUGAGAAGAAAUGCAUGGAACUGGGAUUGCAAGAUCAGCUGUUGGAGGACUGCAAGUUGGACAUGGCUUUAACAGAAGACGAUAUCUUUUUAGAACAACGGGUAUUUGCUCGCGGGAAAUGCCCUGCUGACUGCUCUAACCAUGGAGACUGUAUUGAUGGAAAGUGCAAGUGCACUGGAUUGUGGACUGGAGAAUCGUGCAACGAAGGUGGUUGUACUUCAUGCCCUCCAAACAGUGAAUGUCUGAAUGGAUUCUGUCAGUGUCUCUUUGGAUUCUACGAAAUGGAAGGAAACUGUGUACAAGCCUUGUGUGAUAACGUCAGAAAUUGUACGGGACCGUCUAAUGGUCGAUGUCGUGCCCCGGAUGAAUGUCUCUGUAAUCCUGGAUUCGAAGGGGAAGACUGUGCGGACAUUUCCGUUUGUGAUCACAACUGCAGCAGCCACGGAGUGUGCAUAACAGGCAAUCGCUGCGUAUGCCAUCCAAACUGGUCAGGGGAACGUUGCGAAACGCCCACAUGCGACGACCUCCAAGCAUGUUCAGGACAUGGCACAUGCAAUGAAACUGCAGAGUGUGAGUGCGAUAAGGGAUGGUCCGGAAGCAGCUGCGGGAUCGCAGACUGCAGUGGCGUCAACUGGUGUUCCUCCGAAGGAGACUGUGUGAGCCCAGAUUCUUGCCAAUGCUACCCCGGAUUUACAGACCCCGACUGCGGCACGGAACUCGUCUGUCCCGACGUGUCCAACUGCAGCGGAAACGGCGUUUGCUUGAGUUCAACCGAAUGCCUCUGCUACGACGGCUUCACGGGAACGGAGUGUGAAACGCCCAUUUGCAACGGCAACUGCAAUGGCCGCGGCAGCUGCGUCAGUGCGUACUUUUGCGAAUGUGAAGAAGGCUGGAUCGGUGCUGACUGCGGCAAGCCGUCAUGUUACCAGUUCAAGUUCUGCUCAGGUCACGGGCAAUGUAGGUCGUUCGACACGUGCGAGUGCGACGACUAUUGGCAGGGAGACGCUUGUGACGUGCCACACUGCCCAACAGACGGAACGCCAUCACUCGAUUGCUCGGGCAACGGCAUAUGUCUUGGGCCAAACUACUGCGUCUGCAACAAGACCCACUACGGAGAUCUCUGCGAAAAACAAGUAGCGGCGACUAUCGUUCAAACACCACCAGGCACAAUUGAAUUGACUGGAGACACGACUGCUGAUUUCUUAAGCGAUGCUUCUGUUCUGGUCGAGGGCAGUGUUCUUUUUAGCUGCUUUGCACACGGUCAACCAACACCAACUGUAACCAUCUCGAAGGACGGAGAAUAUCUCAACUCUUCAACAGAGAGUAACCACGCAUUCGUGCUUAUGACAAGUCUGAAGGUAUCCGACUCAGGUGUCUACCGAUGUGAAGCAAAUAAUUCGUACCGUCGUGAUAUUCGCGAGAUGAACCUACUUGUUAUGGAACCGCCGACUAUUGUGUCGUCCGGUCUGCCCGAAGGCAUUGAGAUAGGAAGUGAUGCAAAAAAAUACGUCGGAGAUACUAUCGCUUUGCAUUGCAACUCGUCUGGACAUCCGAAACCAACGACCACGUGGACAUUAGACGGCAGAACUGUCCAACAUGGAUCUCUCGAUUCCGUGGAGUUACGCGAUAGCGCACAAAUUCUGACGGUUCUCAACGCCGCGGUUGACCACAGCGGAAACUAUACGUGCACGGCAACUAACCCAGCCGGCUCUGUCAGCCGCACAUCUAGCAUUCACGUGUCGCCAUGUCGUCCGUCGUUCGUUGUCGAUCAAGUGCCUAAAUGCGUCUACACCGUCUUUUUGAUUGAAGAGUCGAACGCAUUUGAGAACACAAAGGCAGCUUUACCUUCGUUAGCAUCACAACUAGAUCAAUCUCUACUCAAAAAUGGAAUCGGUGUCAGGAGUGGGAACCACUUUUCCGUCAUUGGGUUUGGCACUAAACAGAAAGCCCGAAUAAUUACCGUCGAAUCUCAAAUGAUUUUCAUGAAAAAUCGAGUUGUUUCGGCUAUUGAGCAACUGCAGAACGAUGGACUUCAUCCUGAUGGAUACGACGCUAUCUAUACCGCGUUAGAGAAGCUUCCUCUAAAGUCUGAAAAAGUAAGAGAUUGUCCGAUUCAUCUGCUGUUUGUUACAACCGAACCUAAAUCGUAUGUUACAAAUAUAUCAAAAAGGAAACUCCACAGGAAGAUUUGCGAGACGCGGCCGGUAAUCAUUAACGCAGUUAUUAACAUUCCGCUCGUCGUCAAAAGUAAACAUUCUGAGGUGUUUGCACUUGGCAUAAACUGGCGUGGAUUUCCUUACCUGAGACAAGGUGAACGAUACAACAAACUACACACUGUUCAGCGAACAGUUGUUGGUUUGCCCAGCUUUGGUGUCUGCACUGCUUUUAGACAAUAUGGCAUUCUGCCCCUUCAGACUAAUGGAUCACUGUGGGACAUUUACUAUUCUUUCUCCUAUUCUAAACGAGUUAGUUUGUUCAGUGCAAUCGUCAACGAGACGGUGACAUCUCUGAAAGGUUUCAAGCAUUGCGUUGAUUGCCAAUGUCAGAGAGACGAAUCAGGGAACUUGGUGAAGGUGUGUCAGACAAUCAAGGACUCUGAAAUAUGCAACUGCAGAAUGAACAACAUUCCCGUACAACAAUGUAUGGAAUCUGUUCGACGUCUUUGCCAAGCAAAUACUCCAAUGACAGAUCCGCCGUUUACACGCAGUCUGAUCAAGAGUUGCAAAAACGUUUGAUACAACUUCGACGUCAAGAAAAUCCAUGGAUACGAAACCUAGAGAGCAUGCAACUUGCAUGCUGGAUGAACGUGUUAGGAUUUAGGUUGGCGUUUUACAACGCACAGAGUAGAUCAGACGAGCACAAACUAUUUUGUGAGCAAAGAUACGACGAGUGUAUUCAAA